AUGUCGAUGGACCUUCUUGCCAAAUGGGCUCCCCAGAUUGACCCGGGGUUCUCCAUCGACAUGACUUUCCCAGACAUCUCUGAGAUAUUUCAACCCAGCGUGGAUGACUGUAUCCCUCCGGAAGGAUGCCUCUACCUUCCAGAACCAGAUUCAACUCCCUUUAGACCGAUUGUGCGACGAAAGAUGGCCAGGUCUGGUUCUGAAAUGUGUUCCCAUUUCUUGAUCCGGAUUAUUCGCUCGUAUCCUGAGAUGAUGCUUCGUAGGGAGACUUUCCCACCAUUCAUCCACCCUCAAUAUCGUACAGUGGGUGGUUUUCUUCCAGAGACUCUGGCAAAUUGUAUGAGCGUAGCGCAAAUGUUCACUACAAGGACGAAAGAGUCUAAAGGUUUCAUGUGGAGGACUAUCCAGAUGGAACGAGACCGAGUGUUGACGCAUCUCCACCAAUUCGACGAUCGUGAGCUUUGGGCUGCGAUACAGGUAUUCCUGAUAUACACAAUCAUGAUGGAGAUUGAUGUGCAGGCCGUUUCCGACGCAAUAGCAUCAUGUGCAUCCGGAGACAUAACAUACGACAACCCAGCGGCAAAUAUUGCGCAGUCAGGUGCCUCGCGUUCGGUCGAUGAGGAGCAACUGUGGCAGGAUUGGCUAUUCGAAGAGUCAAAACGGCGUACUCACGUGCUCUUCAGAAUCAUCAUGAUGGUCCUAGAUAUCGAAGGCGGGAUGCAUUGCCCCAGGCCAUCUCCAUUACCGGAAUUCAUCCUCGUGCCCCUACCGUGUAAAAAGGCAUUGUGGGAGUGCAGGACGUCGCACGAGUGGCGAUUAGAGAUAGACCGCAGUGUUCAGGAAAGGGAGAUCUUCGGGCUAUCCGAGACCGGAGAGCUGAUGGUUAUAAGAGGAGGAUACGAUGGGUUGAAGAGAAGUCCAGUCUCGUGGGAGAAAUGGUUCGCAGGAGAAGAUGGAUUCGGAACUUUGGUGAUGCUUGCUUCAGGCCUUUUGUAA